AUGAUAACAUCUGUAAUAGGAAUUAACAAAUGCCUUAUAAACCGGAGUUUUAUCAGAAAUUUAAUGUCUAAACAGCUUGUAUAUAGUGAAUUUGGAGAUCCAUUGAAAGUUGUUAAGUUCAGAGAAAGUGAAGUGCCUCCUCUUGGUAAUCAAGAUGUUUUAGUACGCAUGCUAGCGGCACCAAUCAACCCUGCAGACAUUAACACCAUACAAGGAAAGUAUCCUGUUAAGGUGAACCUUCCAAGUGUACCAGGUAAUGAAGGUGUAGGAAUUGUUGAAGAAAUUGGUAAAGAUGUGCAAAGAAUAUCUCCCGGAAAUAAGGUUAUUGUAACCAAGCCAGUUCAAGGUACUUGGAGGAACAUAGGCACAUUUAAUCAAGAAGUUCUAAAAGUUGUUCCAGAGGGUUUGGGUUUGGUUGAAGCUGCAACUCUUACAGUAAACCCCUGUACAGCAUAUAGAAUGCUAACAGAUUUUAAGCCUGUAAGAGAUGGCCUUGUAGUAAUACAAAAUGGAGCGAAUAGUGCCUGUGGACAAAACAUCAUCCAAAUAUGUAAAGCGUGGGGUGUAAAAAAUAUUAAUAUUGUCAGAAAUAGGCCUGAAAUAAAUGAAUUAAAGAAGUAUUUAGAAUGCUUGGGAGCUACUUAUGUCCUUACAGAAGAAGAAUUACGUUCUACAAAUAUUUUUAAAGAUAAAAUAAUAGAAAAGCCUUCACUGGCUCUAAACUGUGUGGGAGGUAAAAGUUCUCUUGAAAUGUUAAGACAUUUACAACACUCAGGUAAAAUGGUAACAUAUGGUGGUAUGUCUAGAGAACCAGUUAAUAUUCCAACUUCCGCAUUUAUUUUUAAGAAUUUAUCUUUCCAUGGCUUUUGGAUGACUGCGUGGAAUGAGAAAGCAGAUCCUACAGAAAAAAAUAAUAUGAUGAAUGAUUUAAUAUUGAUGAUGUGUGAAAACAAACUUAAAGGACCAAUACAUAAAUUGGUCAAAUUUGAAAAUUAUGAAGAAGCUCUUGGCAAUGCUCUUACAUCUCAAGGCUACACAGGCUAUUACGAGUUACUCAUGUCAACUCGAAUGACUGAUGACCCCAGUGGCCUGUACUGA